AGAUCAUUUUUCAGUAGAAGCUGAAGGACUACGAAGUAAAGUCCUAUCUUCAUUGGCUUCCACUUCACGUAGCAGUAUACAAAAUGUUGCAAAAUCGAGAGGUGUUCCGGUCUUUUAUCCUGCUUGGACUCGCAUUUUCGGGAUAUAGUUUAGAUGAAAAUGAUGACUGUAUUAAUCCCGCUGGACAAUCCGGUCGGUGCAUCAAUUUCCGCAAUUGCAAAUCGGUGAUGGAAAUCUACAGCAAAGCAGUUGUAUCGCCGGAUGAAAGUCAAUUCAUCGAGGAGAGCCGAUGUGGACUGUCUACUGAAAAAGGAACUCUGGUGUGUUGUGUUGAUUCGAGCAUAAAAUCCACGCUUCCAAAGCCUCCGGAUUGCGGAGCGGACAUGAGCAACCGAAUCUUCGGAGGCCAGAAAACGGCUCUGGACGAGUUCCCCUGGACAGCGCUGAUCAAUUAUCGCUUUGCAAAUGGAAGCACCGCAUUUCACUGCGGUGCGUCACUAAUCAAUUCUCGCUACGUGGUUACGGCCGCCCAUUGCGUGGAGGAUCACACCAGCGCUCUUAAAGUAGUUGGUGUUCGCUUGGGCGAGUGGGACCUUGAUCAGCAGAUCGAUUGUGAUGAAGACGAUGAAGAUACGUGCGCCAACGCUCCUCAAGAUAUGGACAUCGAGAAGAUUGUUGUACACGAAGACUACGACCCGGCGGACACCUCGUCGCACAACGAUAUUGCCUUGAUUCGGUUCACCGAGGAUGUCCAGAUGUCGGCAUUUGUUUCUCCUGUUUGUUUGCCGAUGGACGGGGCGCUGCGCACGCUUAACAUUGUGGGUUCCAGAGGGUAUGCCGCGGGUUGGGGCCGAACGGAGACCAACAAAAGGAGCAGCAUCAAGCUUAAAGUGCAAUUGGAAGUGACAGAUCCUAGAACCUGCGCCAAUGUUUACCGACCCACUGGCAUUACGUUGAGAGAUACGCAAAUAUGUGCUGGAGGAGUGCGUGGUCAGGAUACCUGCAGUGGAGAUUCAGGAGGGCCUCUGUCGAAGUUAAAUCAAGCUUCUUAUUACUUGUACGGUAUCGUAAGCUUUGGAUCGAGCAAAUGCGGUGUCAAGGGUAUGCCCGGCAUUUAUACUGCCGUAUCGAAGUAUAUCGAAUGGAUAGAAAGAAAUCUUGAGUGAAAAAAAUGGAAUACAUGUUUACGGUUUACGCAGUAUAAGCUAAGCCCUUCAAGCGUUGAGAGCAAAAUUAAAACUUAGCUUUCUCCUUUUACUCUUUUAUUUUAA